UUGACGUCAGAGAGAGAGAGAGAGAGAGAGAGAGCAGAUACACAAAGAGAGAGGAAGGACCUGCAGCAGCGGCAGCAGCAGACAUGGGGAUCAAACUGUACUACACCACCGUUACUGCCUCACGGACGGUGAAGUCUCAACAGGCAGAAGUGAUACGAAUCCUUGACAGUAAAAGCAUCCAGUACGAGCUGGUCGACAUCUCUGUGGGCGGAGAGCUUCGUGAUGAAAUGAGAAGCAAAGCAGGGAACCCAACGGCAGUCCCACCCCAGCUUUUCAAUGAAGACCAGUACUGUGGGAACUAUGAAAUGUUUUCGGAGGCGGUGGAAGCAGAUUCAGUGGAACAAUUUCUGAAGCUGGCGUGAGAAGCGCGGAGUGUAAUGCUCCAUCUUAACCCCACACCUACCAAAACCCACCCACCCACCCACCCUGCGCCCUAACGGAGGCCCUUUAUCCAGUCUCUCUCUCUGCACCACUGGCAGUGUCCACUCACUUUCAAUUGCCAUAAAGAAGAAUGCCAAAUAUCUCGUAUACAACUAAUCAGAAGACACACAUUCCCCCUACUGCACCAUUAGACUCUAAAUUUGUCUUAAUUAGUUUUGUAUUAUGUUUUUUUUUCUGUUCUUUACUUUGAUUUCUUUCAGACCUUUUUCCCCCGUCUGACAGACUAGUGUUAUUAAGUGCUCCUGGUCCACUCCGAAUCAAUGGGGUGUCUAAAUGUGCUGUAAUUAGGUCGACUAAUCUUGGCCGCGGCCACAUGAUCGCUUGAGAUUAAACUAAUCCACUGGAUGACAACAUUCAACCCAGAAUCUUCCUGAUCCGCGGCAGACAAAAACACACCAUCAUCACUCAGUCUUAACUACUUUGUCGUCUUUUUUCCUGUAGCCUUCAAGUUCCCAUGUUGUACAUGACUGCACACUCUCUGUACUUCACAUGGAUGCAAACGCACACGGACGUAGCAAGGACUACAGCGUCCUUAAAAUUCAGUUAGUUAAGAAUUAUAGCAGCUAAAGGGCAUCUUUUUUUUUGUCAUUUUGGUCCAUUGAUCACCUCAUACAAUAUAUCACAAGAGGUUUGGUUCUGAUCUGACCUGCUUUGGGAGGGAGAUAUUACCACCUGAAGUCUUUACAGAAGAAGUAACAAAUUACCUUUAAUAAAGCCACAAUCUAAUACUCGUGUGUGGCACAUUAAAGGUGCACCCUGUGGUGUUUGUUUACAUUCUCAACAGAAAGGCAUUGUUUACAUCCGUGUUUGCUAGCUAACACAUUGCACAUCUUCUCUGCGCGUAACAUCCACCAUCUGUCAGAUCUGAAUAUGGAUGUGCAUCGCCUGUGUGCACCAACAAAACCAACAAAACCGGGACACACUCGUAAAAAACAUUCCUCUGUAGCGCUACUACUGGUCAGAAACUCCACAGGGUACCUUUAAUAUUCCUGUGUCCACUGUAACGGUGUACAUUUUCACAGUGUAUAGUGUAGAGUUAGGUACGACCACCAAUGGGCACCUUAGAAAGCAGUCAUAAGUCAUUGUACACUUCAUUGGUGACCAGGGCCGUAGCUAGAACGCAGCACAUGGAGGUCAUGCCCCGUAUUUUUCCUGGAAAGUUAGGUACCUGUGUGCAGAAACUUAAACAUGGGGUGGUAUUUCAUAGGCUGAUUUCAGUAAGCUAUGGAUUUAAAUUUUCCUACACAUGCAGUAAAAAGAAGAAUUCAGUAUUUCCCUGCUAAAACAAACAUAACUGAACAGAUAAAAUAAUAGUUAAAUUGAUAAAUCCAAAUAUUGAGACAGUUUUACAAACUUUUUAGGGUUUCAUUGGGGGAGUUGGACCUACCUAAGUAUUUCUAAAAGUCCUAGCCACACCCCUGUUGUUGGCGUUUUAGUAUCAAACCAUGUUUCAUUUCGGAACCAAACUCUCUAAUUUUUUAUGUUGUAAUGGUCAUCAAUGGGCCAAACUUGUGGAAAAAGUCUGGCACACUUCUUUAAGAACAAUCAGAAGAUUUAGUAGUUAGCUGCUUAAUUUUAGCAUCCAGUGGAGCGGGAUGACAACAUUUCUUAAUGUCACAUUUGGUGCCAAUAUAAACCUGUAAUGUGCUCUUUGCAGGUGGAUAUUCACUGUAGUAUUAGCACUUUCCUGCCAUCUUCUACGUUUUCCAUAAUCUGUAUAACUUGAAAGCUUCGUUCCUGUAUUGUUUGACUCACGAGGCAAAUAAAGGACACCAGACAUUUAGAAGGGAGCAUUCCCUAUAGACCGUAAAACGAUUAGACUGGAAAGAUGUGAAUCUUCUAGCUUUUUCAACCACGUAGCUUUUCCCUCUUCCCUCCGUUUAUUUUAUGUUACAGUUUCACUGGUUGUCCUGGGCAUGAAGAUGCAGUAAUGUGACUAUGCACUGAAACCCUGCCUCGUUCUCACACUGAUUAAGAAAAAGUCAAAGCUGGUGUGUUAAGAUUGACCUGACUCAGUCUUAAUAGCCUUUUGGGAACACUCACCACAUGGGAAAAAUGAAGGCUUCACUAAUUUGUGCUUUUACGUGCAUACAUUCCGAUAUAUGAUCUCUGAUCUGUUCACAUAUUGGGUUCACGUGUGUUUUCCUAAACUGGGAAUAACAUGGUUUCCCUCUCUCACUAGUAACAUCUGUCAACACACCCUGCCCCCUUCAGGCUUUCAGAAUUGUUACGGUUUGGGAUCCCCAGUAAUGAGAGCCUUCACACACAAUGUUUGUGCACUGUUUUGUAAGUCGAUGGUUGUAGAUGUUUGCCUGUUAUUGAUGUAUAUUCACUAUCAAUCAUAUUUUAGACAUUCCAUGUCUCUCUGAGCUCCUGCUUUGCUUUUGGACCAAUUCCCCUUGGCCAAAAUAAAAGAAGAAAAUAGGGAAUAAAAUGCUGUUGUCUUCCAAGAAGAUUGUGAAAAGUGAUUUAUGGGUGAAAAAAAUAAAUAAAAUGGAGUUGAAUCUA